AUGGGAAUAGUCAUGGACGACAUCCACGCACCGACUGUCGCCUCCGGGCCUUCGUCCGGGGCUGCUCCUCGCGACUUGACUAAGCUGUCGAUGACCGACCUGAUGCAGGAGAAGCAACGCCUGGAGGAUGAGCUCAAAGCUCUGAGCGCUGUUCUCGAUUCGCAUGGCGUUCGCAUGACCUCGUCUCUUACUACCUUCGAUGGCUACCCGCGCGAUGACAUCGACAUCGCUCAAGUCCGAACAACCCGCGUGCGUAUUAUACACCUACGCAAUGACCACAAGGCAGUGAUGGAACAGCUCGAGAAGGGCAUCCACGCACAUUUCGCCAACCUACAAAACACGCCUGACGCACGCCCAACUACAAAUGGCACUGGCGCUGCUCCACCCGCCCAACCAACAACGCAGCCAGCAGCAGCCGCAAGCGCUACACCGGGGACAGCAUUUGCCAAGGUCAAUUCCGUGGUGCCGGGAAGUCCAGCAGAUCAGGCAGGACUGAAGGCGGGAGAUGUCAUCCGAAGCUUCGGAAAUAUCAAUUGGCUGAAUCACGAACGUCUUUCCAAGGUCGCUGAGACAGUCCAGCAAAAUGAAGGGCGCCCAGUAUCAGUCAAAGUCAGCCGGACAGGCUCGACCGGAUCUAGCCCAAGUGAGCUGGAUCUUCAACUUACACCUCGGCAAAAUUGGGGUGGUCGUGGCUUGCUGGGAUGCCAUCUAGUACCAUUAUGA